CAAUUUGCACUUGAAUUAUACCACUUUUACACCAGAUUGAAUACGUUAACUCUGGGUUUUAGCAGCCACUAGUGGUCGGGUCUGGUUACUGCAGGCUGGGGUAACAUGUCUCCACUUGUUGAGGCAGCUUUGCCCGGACAUGUAUAAGAGCAGAAGGGAAGGGAAGGGCCUCAGAGUUAAUGAGUCACACACUGCUUUAAAACACUGAGCUUCUCUCAGUCACACACACACUCCUCCACCACCACACACACUCUUCACUUCCUGCAGAAUCUGCUGCUGAUCAUUACCUCAGGGGGGCUGAGAUGUGCAGAAUAAUGUCCUUCCAUAAGCGAGUUCUGCGCUCUCUGGGGAACGGUCCCGCCCGCAGGAGUCUGUUUGGGCCGGUGGAUCGGGAGCAGCUGCAGGCGGAGUAUCGAGAUGCUCUGAGGAAGGAUGUAGAGGACGCGUCCCGCCGAUGGGGGUUCGACUUCGCCUCUGAGAAGCCCCUGGACGGGGGAGACUUUCAGUGGGAGGGGGUCCCAGGGGCCCGGGUCCCCGCCCUGUACCGGGCCUGCACUGUGGGAGAAGAACCGCGACCACAGACGGCGGAAUCCAUUUCAGCUUCAUCCACACCAUCGAGUUCGUUCUGCUCUGCGGCGGGAAAAGAGAACGUUCCCAAAACACCAGAGAGAUACGCCAGCUUCCAGCAGAACCUGGAGAACACGCCCGAGAAACAGGACAGCCUGAAGAGGAAACAGACCAACAUUACAGAUUUCUAUCAGGCCAAGAGACGAGUCGUAGCCACUCCCAGAAAAUCAGGCCAAUGACUCAGAGUGUCAUCACACACACACACACACACAGAGACACACUGCUCAGGAACUCACCCACCCCGGACCCACACAAGGACUGUGUAAAUACCCGUCUGUCUGUCUGAAGGAAACAAACUCUUAGCAUGUAGCUUUAGUUUAUUGAAUAAUAUUUUAACACUAUUUUAUUUGUAUUGUUUUGUUUAUUGUAUUUGAUCAGUGUGUUUCUUUUUGGUGCUGUUCAUCAUGGACCUGUUUCUGCCAGUCAGUAUGAAGCAUUUCUGUAUUUUUUUUGUUUGUCAACGGUUAAAACACCACUUAAACUCAAACUAGACUAGGUCUAGAUUUAUAUGAAUAGAAUGGAAGAGUAGAACACUAGAGAUAUGGAUCAACCAUUUGUAGUGAUAAAACAUUCCACCCUGUGUUAUUCCAUCUUAUUCUGAACCUUUAUUGGGAUCUAGACUAUGUUCUAGAUUGGGUUCUAGACUGCAAGCCAGUAGUUUGGAAAAUGGACCAUCCAAAGGUUUGAAUCAAUUGAAUUUGAACCCAAUACUAAGGACUAAUAGAAACAAUUUAAGAUUUGAAGAAAUGUAAUUUAUAACAUUUUCCAAUAUAUUGGAAUAAAUUAUGGGUUCUAGAUUGAAGUCUAAUCCACCCAUACAUGGAUUUAGCUCAGGUUCUGGAUUGGGGUCUCAAUUGCCUUUAAAAACUAAGCAAUUGAACAUUUGUAUCAACAAAAUUGACCCAAUAACAUAAUAGUUCUAGAUAGUGAUCUUGACUGGCUUGUAGUCUAGGCUCUAUACUUGGAGUUCUAGAGUUCUAGAUUGGAAAAUGAACCAACUGAUCAUUUAUAUCAGUAGAAUGGACCAUUAGCACUUAUUAGAUCAAGUCUAAUUUGGAGAUUUGGAGCCUUUAAAUGGAUCUAGUCCCGAUAUUUGAUCCUUGGUACUUGAUCCUAGAGAAUGGGAUCUAGACUGGCUUGUAAAAUAAGCUCUAAAUUGGCAUCCAGUAAACAGUAACACUGAGAUUCAGUUAAAGACACAUUUAAUAUGAUUUUACAACAUUUCAGAUUAAGCAAAAUGGUUAAAUUAUCAUGGAAACAGUGAGAAUUUACUCAUGCAGUGUCUACAGUGUGAACGCAAACUGAAUUAUACACUCUUGGCCCCUCAAUUUUGACAAAUUCACACAAAUUCAGCCAAUAAUUCCAUUAUAUUCAGUUAAUUCUGCCUGUGUUGUUUCUGUAACAAUGUUCUGGUCAGUUUUCAGUUUUUCAUUCUGUUUUUUUUUUUUUUAUUCUGGUCUCAUUAUAAUAUUUUUUUUUUAUGAUUAUUUUGCUAUCUAUGCUAGCUAUAACUGUAUAACUGUAUAUAAACCUGCUGAAUCUUAAAUAGCUCUGUUUAUCUCUAAUGCAUAGAAAGAUUAGUUAUGUCCGACAGUAAUUAGUAUAUAUAUUUGUACCUUUAUUUGUGCAGACAAUCAUGAAACCAUCCCAACAGUUCUUACAAAAAAAGUUCUUUUUUAAAAAAGAAAGCAGAAAUGUUACGCACUAAUUUUAAUGGAAAGUAAGAAUUUUAAUUAAGAAUCUAGAAUUUAGAACAUAAUUAGAGUGAUUUUAUUUCUGUCGUAAACAUGAAACAAUUUUUGCUUUAUUGCACAAAACAAGUAGCUCUUGGAAGCUACUUUAGAAGUAAGCUAAAAGAGAUGGACGUUCUCAGAAACACAAACCAGAAAUAGCAUUUCAGAUAAAGAUUUAUUUGUACAAAGUAAUAAAAAAAGAGUAUUUCUUGUGUUUGUUUUAUUGCUGUUAAUUGAAAAUGUUGUUCAGGAAGCAUCAGUGCAAAACUGAAAUCUUUAAGUAAUUAUGCAGAUGCCCCAAAUCAGUGGUGUUUCUCUGCUUACGACUGUUAUAAGCAUCCAUAUAAGGGAGAUUGCUGGUUCGAAUCCUGUUCAUGCAGCUUGCCAUCAGAUGCCGGAGCCCUGAGAGAGCACAGUUGUCUGUGCUCUCUCUGGGUGGGUACAGUACAGUAGAUGGUGCUCUUCUUUCCCCUCAUCACUCCUAGGGUGAUGUGGAUCAGCACAAGGCUGCGUCUGUGAGCUGAUGUUUGAUCUGUGCUUAUUGUGCUUUAAGCCUACAGGGUUUCUGGGUGUGAUUAUAACAGUCUGCCAGCAGAGGUCGCCACAGGCUUCUUUUAAACAGCUUCAGUAUAAUCAGCCUGCUUCACACCUCUAAUGUUGCACUUGUGUGUGUUGAUGUUGAUGUCGAUGUUGAGGUCCUUAUCUUCUGUUAUAGAAUAUUUACUUUAUUUAUUAUAAGAUGAACGUUUUAUUGUAGAUUUUUGGCACAAAUGUAUAAUAAAAAUAUAAAUGUAUCUGUA